AUGGCGAGCCCAGCCAAGAAGCGGAAACUCAAUCCGGACUCCAAGAAUAGCUCUGCUCCUACGAAAGGGCUCGAGUACUUCUUCUCGAAGCAAAGACAAAAUGGAUCCCAACUGAAGGCAUCUCCGAGCCCGCAGGCGACGGCACCCCAUUCGCAGCAACCCCAAGUCCCGUUGACAGACGAAGAGCUAGCGCGCAAGCUGCAAGCUGAGUGGGAUGCAGAGGUCGAGGUGGUAUCAGAUGCGACCAAACCGGCGCCGGAAAAUGCGGAAACUUCAAGCCGGGGGCCUUCAGCGCCCGUAUUGGGAUCGUCUCCUCAACCCACGCCGGCUCCUCCUCCAAACCCGCCAAAACUACAGCAGGGAAAGGUCAAGGGCACUCUUUCGCUGUCCUCAGCAGCUGCGACAGAAGACCACGCUUCUGUAUCCAUUCCCCUUGACGAGAGCCCUUUAACCUUUCAACCGGCCAAGUACAUCCCGCAAUUGCAAGAAUCGUGGGCUGCCGACGGAGGCAGUGCAUCGUAUGCCCUUCUCACGCGGUGUUUCGUUCUUGUCAACGGUACGCAGAGCCGCAUCAAGAUCGUGGAUACACUUGUCAACUGCGUCCGCUUGUUGAUAGAGGCAGAUCCGUCCAGCUUAUUGCCAGCAGUGUGGCUGGCGACUAACGCAAUAUCUCCACCCUACGUUUCUAUGGAGCUAGGUCUUGGUGGUUCUGCAAUCUCUAAGGCACUCAGACAGGUCUGCGGCCUAGAUAGCAGGGCGCUCAAGGCCAUUUACGACAAACUAGGCGAUCCCGGCGAUGUGGCAUUUGAGGCCAAGAAGAAGCAAAGCUUUACACUGCGCAAGCCGAAGCCUCUAACAAUCAAGGGUGUGUAUCAGUCGUUGGUGAAGAUUGCAAGCGCUCAGGGACAAGGCAGCGGUGAUGUAAAGCAGCGAAUCGUCGACAAGCUCCUACAGGAUGCUCGCGGGGGCGAAGAGAGCCGGUAUAUCGUCAGGACGCUGUGCCAGCAUCUCCGGAUUGGCGCUGUCAAGACAACCAUGUUGAUCGCCCUUUCCAGAGCGUUUCUGCUAUCGAGACCGCCAGGCGCAGAUUUUCCUAAAGAGAACCUCGCCGAAGUGUGGGCAAAGGCGGAGGAACUUGUCAAGGCCUCGUAUGCGCGUCACCCCGACUACAACGACCUCAUCCCGGCGCUUCUCCAGGUCGGAAUCGCCGAGGAGCUGCUUGUCCUAUGCGGUCUAACCAUGCAUAUUCCACUGCGACCCAUGCUAGGGAGCAUUACCCGAGACUUGUCCGAGAUGCUUACCAAACUCCAAGGGCGCGAUUUCGCUUGUGAGUACAAAUACGAUGGGCAACGGGCUCAAGUCCACUGCGAUGCCAUCGGCAAAGUGUCCAUAUUCUCAAGGCACCUGGAGCUUAUGACGGACAAGUAUCCCGAUUUGGUUGCCCUUGUUCCCAAGAUUAGGGGGGAAGGCGUAGAAAGCUUUAUUCUAGAAGGCGAGGUGGUUGCCGUGGACCGUGCCAGCGGCGAGUUGAAGAAUUUCCAAACACUCACCAAUCGUGCCCGCAAGGACGUUGCAAUUGGUAGCAUCACAAUUGAUGUCUGCCUGUUUGCCUUUGACCUAAUGUAUCUCAAUGGCCAGUCCCUCCUCGAUCGGCCGUUCAGGGAUAGGCGCUCCUGGCUGCGCUCGCAGUUCAUUGAGAUCCCACACCACUUCACCUGGGUCAAGAGCCUAGACGCAACCUCACAAGACUCGGAAGUUGUCCUUGACUUCUUCAAGUCGGCGAUCGACAGCAAGUGCGAGGGGAUAAUGGUCAAGAUAUUAGACAACCUUCCAGAGCUAGAAUACCGCGGCGGUGACGAGACUGGGCAGACAGUUGAGGAACCACCAAAAGAAGAGCUGUCCGCUCCUCCCAAGCCUAAGCCCAAAAAAACAAAGAACGCCACCAGGUCCUCCGAAUCCUCUAAAGAUGCGCAGCCGGAAAGGAAAUCGCGCCGCAAGCACCUUCUGGCUACGUACGAACCCGACAAGCGGCUCGACUCGUGGCUCAAGGUUAAAAAGGACUACUCGUCGUCCUUCGACACGCUGGACCUGAUUCCCAUCGCGGGCUGGCACGGGCAAGGGCGAAAGGCCAAAUGGUGGUCUCCCAUCCUGCUGGCGGUGCGCAACGAAGAGACGGGGUGCCUCGAGGCCGUCUGCAAAUGCAUGUCUGGAUUCACCGACACCUUCUACAAGGCCAACAAGGAGUUCUACGACAAUGGGGAGGACAGCGGCGAGCCCAAGAACACGCAUCGACAAAAACCCAGCUUUGUUGAGUACGCGGGUGGCUACCCCGAUGUGUGGUUUGAGCCGCAGGAAGUGUGGGAGGUGGCGUUUGCGGAUAUCACCAUUAGCCCGACAUACACAGCGGCUAUCGGGCUGGUGCAGGAGGAUAAGGGGUUGAGUCUGCGGUUUCCGAGGUUCUUGAGGAAGAGGGAGGACAAAGGGAUUGACGAGGCGAGCACAAGUGAGGUCUUGGCGGCACUGUGGAGAAAACAGGAGGCGAAGGUCCCCGCGGCGGGGGGCAAUGGAGAAGGUCUUGGAGAUGAGGCAGAUGAAGACGAGCUCAUGGUGGAGUGA